AUGCACCAGGUCGCCGCGGGCUUGGAGUAUGUCCACCACAAAGGGUUUCUGCACUGUGACAUUGCGUGCAGAAACGUGCUCGUAUCUCCUUCGGGCGUGCUCAAAAUCUCAGAUUUCGGCCUUGCCCGCAAGAUUGGCAGUGAAGAGUGUAACCUCAAAGGCACAAAGGCCAAAUUCCCAAUCCGUUGGACGGCCCCGGAAGUGUUUGUGCAUCAGCAGCUCAGCGCCGCUUCAGACGUCUGGUCUUUUGGUGUUCUGUUCUGGGAAGUGGUCACCCUAGGAGACAUCCCAUUCGCCACCCUGACAAACAAGGAGGCAAAGAGGGCCGUGAAGCGAGGCCACCACCCCGAGAAGCCGCCAAACUGCAGACAGGAGUUCUACCAAGUGAUGAAACAAUGCUGGAAUCAGGAUCCGGAGGAACGCCCCGCAUUCACCGACGUCGUCCAGGAGCUACUCAGUCUGAAGAUCAAGCUGGCGCACCAGCAGCUGAACACGGCGGAAGUCAAAGAAAUCAACAUCAAGAAAAAGACACCCAAGUUCCACUGGCCACGCAAGCGCAAGACAAGCCACUCGGAAGUGCCAGAGGAGCCUGUUGUGAACGAUUGCAUCACCGGUCCUGACGCAAGCGUACCGGGGCUGAUCCGAAUCAAAACGCUGCUCAUCAACCAGGACAAGAUGCACGUCGUGCUCAAGGCGAGUUACAGCACAAAGGCAAGCAAGCUCAUCUCUGCCGCCCUCAAGAAGACUGGCAUUGAUGAAGGCCUGGCCGACAAGUUUUGUCUUGUGGAGGUUGGACACAACGGCGUGUACCAGCGAGUGCUGGACGAGGAUGAGUAUCCGCUCAGUUUGACCGCUUCCCCGUUUUACAGCAGCAUGCAGGAGAUCUACAUCUGCAGAUAUGACCAGGCCUUUAACAUCCAUGCGAGCAUCCGGCAGCAGCAGGCGCGAGAGGAGGAAAACUACCGCGACGCAGUGGAGCGAACACAACAGCAGCGCACACGCCCACGGCCCAAGGUGGAUAUGGCAGGCAUUGGCGAUGAUGAUGACGACGACAGUGACAACAGCCAGCGCAACAGCCGCUACGAAGACGAGCCAGGGGCUACCGGCGCGUCAUCGUCGUCGUCAUCACGCAAGCCGAGAGGCAGUGCCGAUAUUGACGCAGGCGUUGGUGGGGAUGGUGCACGCAUGCACGAAGACACGGAGGAUGAGGAUGAGUUUGACACAGAGAAGCAGCCGUGGUUCAAGCGCAAGAAGGGCGAGUUUGGACGCCGGACCGUCAAGAUGAACAUGAAAUCGGCCGUGUACGAGGGCACGGGUGCCAGCAGCGCCGGUGACAACGCUGGCAAGCGCGUGCCUGGCCUGAGUGAGGCGCUGUACGAAGAGCACACGGAUCACGAUGGCGAUGAGCGCGAUGACGAGACGAGUCACGCUUCGCACCACCGCCGCCGCAGCCGUGAGCACCUGGGCGCACAGAUGAUGCAGGAGGCACAGCAGCAGCACCAUCAUCAGCAUCAGCGCGAGAUUUGCAAGCGCGACAGCGGCCGCAGCACGAUGCCUGCAGGCAACGCCAGCGAUGCACCCAGUGCAGCGGGGAGCGACGUCACCAUUGCUCUGAAGGAUGAUGACAACGCUCAGACACAUCAUCUCGAUGCCACACACAGCAGUGGCGAUGAGAACGGGCAGCAGCACACAACCGCAACCGCAACAACAGCGGGCAUAGAGAACGACAAGGAGCCAUGCAUUGCGGACGUUCGCCAAAGACUGACAGAGAUGAUGCAGCGCGAUGGUGUUGCACCGGGCCAGCGGCCACCGAAGCCCAAGCCGCGCCCACGACCACGCACACGCCCCAGCCAGGACAACUUGCAACUGCAGAAUGGCGAGUCUGAGGAUGUCCUUGGUGAAUCCACGGUGAGGAACGUGCCGGAGGCCCGUGAUCACGAUCACGGGCACCACACUGCUCGCGCGUCACAUGAGCACCCGCCUCGCCCGCAGCGCAAACGCAGUGACCCGACCAUGCAAGGGCCCGUACCACAGCGCCCCGCUGUUCGACAGCGCGCCCCACCGCCGCCGCACAACCGCGAUCGCUCCCGCGAAGACAUACUCGCAGCAGCAGGCGGCAGUGCAACGAAGCUGCACAUCACGCGGGAGACAACAAGCAAGCGGUCGAGCGCUGGCAGCUCGAUUGGUGGCGACAGCGAGCAGGACUACGACAACCACCACAACCGCCGCCGUCACAACCGUCACCAGCAGCAUGACCCGCAUCACUCCAUCAUUGCCACUUCCGCGCCAAGCGCUGCGUCGUGGCGCCACAGCGUGGGCGAUAUGAACUCUGGCGCGUCUACGGUGUCUGGGUCAAGCUCAAACCGCAGCUCACGCGACUGCACGGAGCACAGCCGGCACGCGUCGCAGCGCAAGGGAGCGAACGUUCGCAGCAUGGCGGAGGCGUGGCGGCAGCGGACACCACAGGGCAGCAACCGUGACAGCCUGCAUGAGACGCAGCUUGACGCACGGCAGGUUCCCUUGCCGGCACUGCCAUCCAAACUGCGGCUGCUGUCGAGCAGUGCAUCUGAUGCCGAUGGUGCCGGCGACAGCAAUGACGGCGGCAGCAACACAGGCAGUGACGCAGCGGGUCCACCGCGCUCAGCAACGUCGGCCCACUCGACCAUUUCAGGCCACGGCCAUGCCUGCAGGCAAGAUGAAGGUGGUGCUGGUGAAGAUGGCGAUGGUAAUUCGCGCAGCCAGCGCCAUCAUGGCCGCCGCCGCGCGCCCCCACCACCACCGCCAGUCAGUCCAAAGCCCUCCAGAGCAGCGAAGACAGCACACGCAACAGCCGCUGCUGCAACAACGGCACGAGGCACAGACAGGGAGAGGCGCCGCCGACCCGUACCGCCACUGAAGUUGGACAAGCAGGGCUUGGGCGGGAGCCUCUCUGGCAGCGCCAGCAGCAGCAACUCCAGCCUUGCAACAUCGCCACUGAGUCCCGUGCGCAACAUGGAAGGGCGCUCGCGAUCAUCGUCACGGUCGUCGCGUCGACGAUCAACGCUCAUCACCAUCCGGGAGGACCAGCAGCUUGCGCUGUCAGAGCCCGAUGUCGAGCAGUGCAUUGCUGAUCUGCAUCGCAGGUGCUCGCUCGGCUCCAACGGACGCGCAUCAUAUGGACAUGUGCACAUGCAGCCGACGCUGCGCUUCCCGCCGCCGCCACCCGUGGUCGUGCCGUCACCAACAGGGCCUGUGCGGCGUGGCAGCUGUGACGAGAGCAGCGCAAGCUACGGCAGCAUCCAUGACCUCCGCAAGCCACCAAGCACACCAUCAUCUGCAUCGUCGUCUGCUGGCUCUGGCAGUGACGCGUCGACAGGUGGCAGCGUUGCGGCGCCCAAGGACCCGGCGAGCAUGGACGACCUUGACCGACUCAACUUGCUCAUGAUGAUGUCGCUGGAUGAAGAUGACGAUGAGGACGACUUUGACGACGACAACGAUGAUGGUGAUGAUGAUGAUGAUGACGAUGACAAUGCAACAUGCACGGAGGGGCUGCGCUCUGACCGCGCACGCGAGAGCGGUGAAGCCACGCCUGCGUUUAACUUUGACGACGACGAUGACGAUGGCGACGAUGACGAUGACGAUGACGAUGACGAUGGUUACGCGCACGAGUUGGAGACGGUGUCCGCAAAGCCAACACGACUGCUGGAGGCGGUGGCACGGCUCAGCUCCGAUGGCUUGAUGAGGGGUGCUGGGACACGCGCAACGGCAGGGCGAGGAUCAUCGUCGUCAUCGCGACACCGGCGCUCGACGCUGUCUGAGGAGUCGGACAACAGGAGCGAUGGCGGGUACAUUGACAUUGAGGUGCAGAACGAUGGCACGUUGAAGAAGAAGACACGGCGCUCGUCGUCGCACCGGCGUGCGUUUGUCCUCGACAACGACAACUCCGAACUUGCACUUUGAGAGAAUGAUAUGUGUGUGCAAGUGUGUGAUUGUGACAAACUGGCUAGAAGUGUGCAAACUGGUCUGUUGUGGUCGCAUUUUAGUCGUUCUCUUCAUGUGUGUGAUUGACAGAGAGCCAUGAGACUGUAUAUGCAGGUGGGCGAGCGAGUGCUUGGGGGCGUACACUGUUUUUUGGGGUGUACACUGUUUGUUCCACUUGACAGUAAACUGUAAUUGAGUGG